UUCAGAACAGUGCAAAUAUCGCACAGGGUUGAGAUCGACGGGAUUUCCUGUGGCAUUGCUGAGCUGCAGAAUUUUACUUGAGGCUUGUAAAGUAUCUAGUCAGUGUCAUCUUUUCAGAUUUAAUGUCUUAAUCACGUAAUAUCUUCUGCGCGUGUCCUAGACUACAUCCAGAAGUAGCUAGCUAGCCAGAAAUAAAAAUGUCUGAACCCACGGUGGCCGACACUCGCCGGUUAAACUCAAAGCCCCAAGACCUCACGGAUGCUUACGGACCUCCAAGUAAUUUUCUGGAAAUUGACGUCUACGACCCCCAAACUAUUGGAGUUGGGCGGAAUCGUUUCACAACUUACGAAGUCCGAAUGAGGACAAACCUCCCCAUUUUCAAGUUGAAGGAGUCUUGUGUUCGAAGAAGGUACAGCGACUUUGAGUGGCUGAAAAAUGAGCUGGAAAGAGACAGUAAGAUUGUUGUGCCUCCUCUGCCUGGGAAAGCAUUGAAGAGACAGCUCCCGUUCCGUGGUGAUGAGGGAAUAUUUGAGGAGUCCUUUAUUGAAGAGAGACGAGUUGGACUUGAACAGUUCAUUAACAGAAUUGCUGGUCACCCCUUGGCCCAGAAUGAGCGCUGUCUUCACAUGUUCCUGCAAGAGGAGAGCAUUGAUCGGAACUACAUCCCUGGAAAAGUAUGAAUGAAAUGCAACAGCAAGACUAAAGCGCCCCCCAACCCCCCCAGAGGAAUGCCUCAUCUGUAGGCCGUGUGUAUAUGCCUGGCUCGCUCACUCAGGUGCUCUUGAAGAAUACAGAUGCAUUUAUCGCUAAACCCUGGUUUAAAAGCUAUGUGCAUAUAAACAGCAAUUAGAACAUGAACAUUCAAAAUCAAAUCCUACUCCGUAAGCUUUAUUUUAGUGCUGAAGCCCAGUCCCAUGGUUUGCAUUCUUCACCCUUAAAGGCCAAACAAUAAUGGCUUGAAGAGACUGCACAAGUAUGUCACAUUGCAUGAGUCAUCAUUCUUUUGUUUGUAAGGGAGAGUAGGAUCAUGUGUCUCAGCCUUCAGUCUGAGAAAGUAUCAGGGGUUGCUGUCAGUGAAGGAAAAUGUCCUAUAAUGAGGCCCAUAUUCAUUUCAGUGUUGCUCAAAAGUCUAUACCGGUGUCAGAAAUCUUUUUUUUUUUUUCUUUUAAAAUGUGGCCCUUGUUUCAUCCAGAGAUGUAUUCUUAAAAAUGUAGCAAGACACUCAUGAAGAGAGAAAUUGGGACCACCAUAAAAAGAAAACUGUCUUCCUGUUCCACAUUCCAUGUGUUGUCUAUAUAUGACCUAAAUGACUAAAUCUAUUUUAUAUCAAAGCUUUCAUUGCAAAGUUUUAUACCAUUGUUCAUUUCCCUAUUAGUUUAGUCUUUAUAUGGGUGUUAUAACACUGCUGUUGGGAAUGUAUAUAUUCAAUCACUGUGAAAAUGAGAAAUGAUCAUCCGCUGAAUGACACCAGGUCACUUUUGAUGUCAUGUUUUCACAUCCUUACUGAAAUUCUUGGUUAUUUUUGUUGCUUUGUGAUAUUGCUGAUUCAGUACUAUAUACAAUUAACAUGUAGAAGUGCAGUAGUUAUUGUCAUAGUUAUUUUCGUACAGACUGUCAUGUCAUUUCUACCCAUGAAUAAAAGCCCCCUCUGCUUGCUUUAC